GCUGGUCACAUGACCUCAUAUCCCUCUCUCUCCUGAGGCUCUCUGGUAUGUAUGUACGUGGCCCACGCCGUCCACGGACGGCCCACUGGCCCCAUGGACUCCAUGGAGUGUUGUAUUAUGUAUUGUGCGAGCGGACUCGUAAGUCGUGACCAUUUGUAGACUGUCGAACAUCACAAGUUACAUUCAAUUUUUUAUUUUUGAACUUUUAUAAUUGAGCCACCCUAAUUCAGAAGAGCAAAGUUAAUAAUAUUCAUAUUAUUUUUAAUUAAAACUGAUGUAUAGUUUAAAAAGCUAACAGAUCAACAUCAUCAUCAAGAUUAUAAUAUCACGUGUAUAUUAUUGUUGCGAAUUAAAGGUAUUUAUAUUGUUUAUUCGGAGAAAUAGUUAUUUGCGGUACUUACUAAUGUGCUGAGAUCGUUGUGUGGAUUCUUACAUCGAACAGUGAAUUAGUAAGAUUUAAUGUUGAAUCAGAAAUGUUUACCCAUGUUUAUUUUCAAGUAAUUCACGUGCAUCAGUUCUGUAUGACAAUGGUGAAGAUAAAAGGUUGCAAUUGGAAGGCAAGAGCUAGUGAAAAUGUGAAAAUAGAUGAUUCCACUAUGAAUCAGGGAGCAGCGUUGCAAGUAACAAAAGUACAGACAAGUCUUUCGGAACAGCAACGAUGUACAAGUGUAACCAUUUUGCAAAAUAAAGAUCGAACACUAUGCUUACAAGAAUUAAACAAGCCAGAAAUGAAGUACAAAGCUGACAAAAAAGAAAAGAAUUAUGUGAGUGCAAGAAAACGACGCAGAAAAAACAACCGUGCUAAACGGUGCAGAGAGCCAAAAGUACAGGAUUUGUCUAUUCGGUGCACCAAACUGCAGUUGGAAGAAAUAUCCCCUGAAAAUACUGGAUUUGAAAAUUACAGUGAUAGUAGCAAUGAUAAUGUUUCUGAUAACAUUGCCAUCCCUAAGAUUACUCUUCAGGAGAGUAGUAAGACUAAAGGCUUCAAUAAAAUUGUAAGAAGCUCAGAUGUGCCCAUUGCCGCGGAGCUUAAGAAGCAAGUUGAAAUAGUGCAGCGGCCUACUAAAAUUGCCACACCUGCUGUCUUCGUAAACAGGAAGCCAGAGAUGGAGGCAGCUAGAUUAAAACUUCCUAUUUGUGCAAAACAGCAGCAUAUUAUGGAAACAAUUAAUAAUAACCCAGUAAUUAUUAUAACUGGAGAGACAGGAAGUGGAAAGACAACGCAAAUACCUCAAUUUUUGUACGAAGCCGGGUAUGCUCGAGAAAGAAUGAUUGGUAUAACUGAACCGAGAAGAAUAGCAGCGAUGUCAACGAGCAAGCGCGUGGCCGAAGAAAUGAAUCUUACGCAGGACGAGGUUUCAUAUUUGAUUCGUUUUGGGGGAAACGUUACCGAGAAAACGAAGAUCAAAUUCAUGACUGACGGAGUCCUUCUGAGAAAAAUUGCGAGAGACUCGCUGCUCAAGAAAUAUUCUGUAAUCAUAGUGGACGAGGCACACGAACGCAGUGUACACACCGAUAUCCUAAUAGGUUCUCUGUCAAGAAUCGUUCUGUUACGUGACAAAUGUAAUGAUCCCUUGAAAUUGAUCAUCAUGUCAGCUACACUGCAGGCACAAGAAUUCGUAGAAAACGCAAGAUUGUUUACGGUAAAGCCACCGGUAAUUAAGAUCGAGGGACGGCAGUUUCCGGUAACGAAAUUUUUCAGUCGGCAAAAAAUAAUUACGACUAAGAAGAAUUACGUCUCCGAGGCAUUCCGCAUGGCAGUAAGGAUACACACUCGAUUACCGGAAGGUGGUAUAUUAAUAUUUUUAACAGGUCAGCAAGAGAUACAUACACUCGUGAAUCAUUUGCGUGAAACAUUUCCAUCGGAGAGCGAUGACGAGAGCGAUGAUGACGAGUUUCAAAUUAAUCUGGCGCAUCCUGAGAAAAGUAAAAUGCCUACGAGAUCCAACAAGAUAAUUCCAAGGAUGAAUUUCAAAGGAAAGCCAUGGAAGCGUUAUGCCGUAACGAUCGAAAACGAAGGUAACGUGUUUCUCCUGACCAUUAAUCCGGACGAUUAUUCGGCGAUUCCCACUCGUAAGCAUCAGGAUUCAGUGCAAGAAGACAUCUUCGAUGAGGAUGAAGAGGAGAAUGUUGACUUGAUAAGAAAUGCUGGACCAUUACGGGUAUUGCCACUUUACUCUCUGUUAGACGCACGAGAGCAAGCCAAAGUAUUUGAGACACCACCGAAAGGAUGUCGUUUGUGUAUUGUCUCGACGAAUGUCGCAGAAACGUCGUUAACGAUACCUAAUAUCCGAUAUGUGAUAGAUAGCGGUUAUUAUAAAAUGAAACGUUACGAUAAAGUGACCGGUGUCCAAACAUUCGAUAUUUCCUACAUAAGUAAAGCUGCAGCCGAACAACGUGCUGGCAGAGCCGGUAGAACUGCACCUGGUUGUUGCUACAGACUUUACUCAUCGGCAGUGUUUAAGAAUAAAUUCGAAGAGUAUGAUCAACCAGAGAUUCAGAGGACCCCGUUGGACGACUUGGUGCUGAAAAUAAAGAUGAUGGGUAAUGAUCGGGUCAUGAACUUCCCGUUUCCUACGCAGCCGAAUAACAUGCAGCUGCAGGCUGCUGAGGAUCGACUCACGAUACUCGGAGCGUUGGAGCCAUCGAAGGAAAAGGAAGGUAAUCGAGAAGCAAAACUAACUCCGCUGGGCCGCAAGAUUGCCUUAUUUCCGGUAGCGCCGCGAUACGGCAAGAUGUUGGUAUUGUCAGAAAAACAAGAUUUGAUUAAAUACAUCAUAUGUUUGGUCGCGGGUCUUUCCGUUCGGCAGCUGUUUGCAAAAGGGACCGAAGGACGCAUAUAUAAACGACUACAAUUACAACAUCAGUUGACUGUCCACGGGUACAGCUUACUUAUGGGCGACUUGAUGCUUCUGCUGAAGAUCAUUAUAGGCGCCGAAUAUGCGGCAUCGGUUAAGGAUAGAUUCUCUUCUUUCUGCUAUGAAAAUGGCCUGAGGCAUGAAACUUUGGUGGAGAUCGGGAAACUGCGACGGCAGCUGAUCAAUGAAAUUAAUUCGAAUAUACCAAACUUAAACCUGGCGAUUGAUCCCAAAAUGCUGCCGCCAAAUGAUGUGGAAGCAGAAUUGCUCUGCAAGAUAAUCCUCACUGGUAUGGCGGAUCAAGUCGCCAAGAAAAUUUCGCCUGAUGAGAUGAUGGAGAAUCAAUUAAAGACCUGGAAAUAUGCUUAUAGGACAGUGAAAAUAAAGGAACCAAUAUUUAUGCAUUCCUCCUGUGUCUUAUGGCAGACCGAGCCAGAAUGGGUGGUCUACCAGGAAGUGCAUAAGGUGGACGGAAGGAUAUAUAUGCGAGGCGUCACGGCGAUAGAUCCUCAACAGUUACCAAAAUUUGCACCAACUUUGUGCAAUCUUGAUGAGCCUGCAAAUGAUUCACCGGCAAGAUAUGAUCCUGUAACCGGAAAGAUCAUGUGCCGUGUGUCUGGCACAUUCGGAGAGGCUGGAUGGAAACUGCCAAUGGUAGAUAUAGAGUAUCCAUUAACCUUGAAUGGCGUCAAGUGGUUUGCUUUUUUCUUUUUGGAGGGUGAAGUUUGCCCUAAACUGAAACCAUUUGUACCAUUGUUGGCGAGUUAGCCUUGCAGCGUAAUCAAAUUGCGGAGCAAGUCGGUACCUCGCAUUGAAGCGAUAUUGCAACCGCUAGCGGCACAUGGAAUCUCAUCGAAGGAUAAAUUACGAGAAAUGUGGGAUUCAGAUAAGAAAUUUUUGCUGUCCCAAUACCUGAUGUGGCUGCCUGUAUCCACGCACGCUGAUGUAGCACUUUUGUGGCCACUCUUGUAAAUAAAUAAUAAAUUUAUAUAUUGCAUUAUUACUAUA